GGAGCCCCGGGCCGCGCCCCGCGAGGCCGGGCCCGGGCCGGGCCAAUCCCGGGCUACCGGGCGGGCGAACGCGAGGCCUGGUCUGCCGGGCCAGAGAAACUGAGGGUGGGGGACAAUGGGCCAGUUCCUGGUGCGUCACGGGGGAGUUCCUUAAAGGGGAAGUGAGCGGGACUACAGGGCGGACGCAGGGUGCGGUGGUCGGCUGGGGAGGUCCCCAGCGCUUUAAAAUAAUGCCCGCGGCGGCCGCGCGACCAUGCAAUGGCGAGCGCUCGUCCUGGGGCUGGUGCUUCUCCGGCUCGGCCUCCAAGGAGUGUUGUGGCUUGUCUUCGGGCUGGGGCCCAGCAUGGGCUUCUACCAGCGCUUUCCGCUCAGCUUCGGCUUCCAGCGCUUGAGGGGCCCCGACGGCCUCUUGUCUCCCGCCUCUGGGUCCGUGGGCCGGCCCGGGGUCCCCGGGGGUCCGCCGGGGCCGUCGUGGCUGCAGCCGCCUGCGGUCGGGGUGGCGGCCGGCCGGCCGGGGACCCCGCGGCGGCCCGCGCGGGGCGUGUGCGACCCGGCUCACUGGGGCUACAUGCUGGGCGGCCGGGGCUGCGGCCCGGACGAGUACGAGAAGCGCUACAGCGGCGCCUUCCCGCCGCAGCUGCGUGCCCAGAUGCGCGACCUGGCGCGGGGCAUGUUCGUCUUCGGCUACGACAACUACAUGGCGCACGCCUUUCCUCAGGACGAGCUCAACCCCAUCCACUGCCGCGGCCGGGGGCCAGACCGCGGGGACCCUUCAAAUCUGAACAUCAAUGAUGUCCUGGGGAACUAUUCUUUGACUCUUGUCGAUGCGUUGGAUACACUUGCAAUAAUGGGAAAUUCAUCCGAGUUCCAGAAAGCAGUCAAGUUAGUGAUCAACACAGUUUCUUUUGACAAAGAUUCCACCGUCCAAGUCUUUGAGGCCACAAUAAGGGUUCUGGGAAGCCUCCUUUCUGCCCACAGAAUAAUAACUGACUCCAAGCAGCCCUUUGGUGACAUGGCAAUCAAGGAUUAUGAUAAUGAAUUGUUGCACAUGGCCCAUGACCUGGCUGUUCGGCUCCUUCCUGCCUUUGAAAACACCAAGACAGGGAUCCCCUAUCCUCGGGUGAAUCUGAAGACAGGUGUUCCUCCUGACAGCAAUAAUGAGACAUGUACGGCCGGAGCUGGCUCUCUCCUGGUGGAGUUUGGGAUUCUGAGCAGACUAUUAGGGGAUUCCACAUUUGAGUGGGUGGCCAGGCGAGCAGUGAAAGCCCUGUGGAACCUCCGGAGCAAUGACACGGGAUUAUUAGGCAAUGUUGUGAACAUCCAGACAGGUGACUGGGUUGGAAAGCAGAGUGGCUUGGGUGCUGGGCUGGACUCCUUCUAUGAAUACCUCUUGAAGUCCUACAUUCUCUUUGGAGAAAAAGAAGACCUAGAAAUGUUUAAUGCUGCAUAUCAGAGCAUUCAAAACUACUUAAGAAGAGGACGGGAAGCCUGUAAUGAAGGAGAAGGAGACCCCCCUCUCUACGUCAAUGUGAACAUGUUCAGCGGGCAACUCAUGAACACGUGGAUUGACUCUCUGCAGGCCUUCUUCCCUGGACUGCAGGUUUUGAUAGGAGACGUGGAAGAUGCCAUCUGCCUCCAUGCCUUUUACUAUGCCAUAUGGAAACGAUAUGGGGCCCUCCCUGAAAGGUAUAACUGGCAGCUGCAGGCCCCUGAUGUUCUCUUCUACCCACUUAGACCAGAGUUGGUGGAAUCCACAUAUCUCCUCUACCAGGCAACCAAGAAUCCCUUCUACCUCCAUGUAGGAAUGGACAUUCUACAGAGUCUGGAAAAGUACACAAAAGUCAAGUGUGGGUAUGCCACAUUGCACCACGUUAUAGACAAGUCUAAAGAGGACCGGAUGGAGAGCUUCUUUCUCAGUGAGACCUGUAAAUACUUAUACCUGCUAUUUGAUGAGGAGAAUCCAGUACACAAAUCUGGAUCGAAAUACAUGUUUACAACAGAGGGCCACAUUGUAUCCGUGGACAAACAUCUUCGAGAAUCACCUUGGAAGGAAUUCUUCUCUGAAGAUAGAGGACAGGACCAAGAGGGAAAGUUUGUGCACAGGCCAAAACCUCAAGAGUUAAAAGUCCUCAACUCCAGCUCUAAUUGCAAUCGUGUUCCUGAUGAGAGGAGGUACUCCCUGCCCCUAAAGAGCAUCUACAUGCGACAGAUUGACCAAAUGGUUGGCUUGAUUUGAUCUGCUCUCCUCUGUGUGACCUCAUCUUAAACCAAAUCUAAACACCUGAACCAGACCACGCCAGCAUCCAGUCUGCAGGGGAAGGGGUGGCAUCUGGCUGUCUGUGACAGUGUGGGAGUUCCUGUCCAACUCCUUACACACUUUGGGUUAAUCCUUACACACUUCAGUGUUUCCCUUCUGUUCAAUAAAACGCCCUGCUUUUUCUUAAAGUUAUAAUUUGAAAUGAGAAGGUACACGGAAAUUGGCUUCUGUUGAUAUGCUGAUGUUAGUGAGCACAAUAGGUGGGGCAUCUUUGGAUGGAUCUUCCCAGCUUCAUAUUUGGGGCCCAAGUCUCCUGGCUUUGCCAGCACUUGCCCUACUACAGUAUUGCCACCUCUUGGUUAGAGGAUUGGGAAUGGAAUUUCUAUGCAAAAGGGCCUAAAGUUCCCUUGGCAUCCCUAUAUAUUGCAUUGAAAAUGUCAUGCUCUCUCUCUCCUUUUGGAUCACUGAGGCUUUCCCCCAUAUAUCAACUAUGAUUUUGGAUCACGAAGGGGGAAACUAUCCAGUUGUUCAAUUAUGCCCCCAGGUAAUCUUCAGUGUUACAAAGUUCUUUGCUUAAGAAUAAUGGUCUAACUGGAAUCCUAACAGUCUUUUGGUUGUUCUAUUAUGGUGUAAGGAUUAGCUAACAGUGAUAUCUUGCAUUUGUUUUGAACCUGGACCUAUGUGAGGAACUCCCUUGGUUCCAGAACCGGGGGUGCCUUUUAGGGGAAAAAAAGAAAACAACAAAAUCCCUAAGAUUGUCUGAGCUUCAUUCUUUCUCAUAUUUCCUGAUCAAGGAUUCAGAAUUCUGACCAACUUUGGAUUAAGAGUUUUGUUUCAUUUUUGUGACCUGUGUCUAGUGCCAAUUAGCUAUUCAGGGAGAAAGAAGUGAUCAGGUGACUUUCUGAUGACCUUGAGCCAUUUCUCUGUGUAGUACAGGCUUUAGAUUAGUGCCUUAUGGACUUUGGUUUGGGCUAAGGGCUGUCACACCUACUGCUGUGGUGUGGCAGGCUUGUUUUGUAUUGCAGAUUGAUGGGGCCAGUAGUGUAAGGGGAAUAGGGUGUGUGUUAGGAAGAUUCUGGAAGUUCUUAAUUCAGUGGACCAGUCAAUCUAUGAUUUUAGCAAAGCAUAUGGGAAGAACUUGUGCCAAAACACCUUCUUUUCCUUUUUGUUAUUUUCUUAGCCAGACAGAAAGUUCUCUCCUUGAACUUAAACUGACUGUUCAUACAAAGCAGAGCUGGACCCAACCGCUAGCCUGGCUUCUGUGCAGCAUCACAGGUUGAAAGGGCAGGAAGUCUCUUAAAAAUCGCCAGCCUCCUGUAUCAUGUUUCUCACCCGUGAAUGUUCAUAUACUUCACACAAUUUUAGUCUUUUCAAAACUAGAAAUAAGGGUGGGAGAUGUAGCUCAGUGGUAUAUAUAGACUGCUUACCUAGCAUGCACCUGGUUCAGUCUGCAACACCACAAACAAACCUAGAAAGAAGAGCCAUCUAAACCAUUGCAUUUUUAGUCAAAAGGGAGAGAAAGUUUAUUUCUUAAAAAUUUAAGUGUACUUGUUUUGAAAACAUGUAUCAUUCACUUCUGUGGGAUUUUUAAAGGGGUGAUUUUCAGCAGUAAAUGUAACAUUUCUCAUGCAAUUUGUUUUAAAGUGAGAAAAUGUCAAAUACUUUUUUUUUUAUUUUAGAAGUAUUGUUCUAUUAAGUGUCUCAUCUACUGAACAGAAUACUUUGAAAAUACUACUUUAAAUAUUUUCAUUAACUCAGUAAAAUGUUAACUCACACAUGUACACACUGUGUGUUCCCACCUCUACUUUUUCUCCAAGCAAGUUGAGGUGGGACCACGAAUGACACACCUGGGAGAACAGGCCGGAAGACCAGGUAUGUCAGGGAAGGAAGUGAGUGCUUUGGCAUGGUUUUCUCUAUGGCUACCCUCCCAGCCCUCUUUGUGGCUUCUGUGGCAAUGGUGGUGUGCAAGCUCUCCAGUGUUCCCCUUCUCACCUGGGCCCAUUACCUGUCAUUCUAGAGCAAGCUCAGGCAUUUCUUCCUCCUUCUGCCCUUGGAAUAGGCAACACCCUGGUGCCUGAGUAUAGCAGGCGGGUCUUGGGUACAGGCCAAGGCGAACCCCUUAUUUACUCUUAAACCCUCCUGGCUUCUGCCUACUCGACUCACACCAGUUGGUGAGACUCUGGGUGAAUCAGUUACUGCCACUUAAUCCUGGUUAUUGAGCUUCCAGACUGUCCAGGUUAAAGUGUGAUGUGACAUUGUCAAUUAUUUGUGUGGCUAGGUGCCAGAACACUGUUUGGUUUCAGUUAUGAAAGAAGGUUUUCUGAGCCAAGUUCAAAGCUUGCUUGUUUUCUUUUCAAAAAUCAGGAUGUCAGCAGCAGUAACAUAUCUUGCAGGCCUUUUGUGUUCUCUUCCAUAUUCUGAAAUACUGAGUAGGGAAGGGCCAAGGAGGAGAAUGUCAGAGAAAUCCCCUUGCUCCGUAUUUUGUCCCAGGAACCCCUCCAAUCUGAAGACUUCAUCCUUUGGAACAGCUCUGAGGCUGGACCAUCCCAUGGUGCCACGAGUAGCUAGUUCUAGUGUCAGGCUUGGUCAGCAGGUUGAAGUCAGUUUUGCAAAGAACUGUUGUAGAAAACUACCAUAUGGUUUGAACUGAUGGGAUACAGUUAUCCCAUGCCAGAGUUUCAAAUUGUUACAAAGCUGGCCUAGCUCCUUUAGACAAUGUAACUGAAAGAGUAUGUCACAAAGGAAUGUUUGCUAGCUCUCUUGAUUGUGCUGCCAUUGUGAAGAACUGGCUUCUGUUUUCUAAUCCUCCUUUCAUUUUCUUCCUAGCUUCUUUUUCAGAGCUUGUUCUUUGUUACUGAACUCCCACUUUUGAUAAAAAGUUCUGGGCUUUGCUUGCCCUGGAUUGUGGGCUAUGCACAACACUUAAUUUUUUAUGUACUUUUUAUGUACUUAAACAAAAUGGGUGGUGUCUGUGCAGGUAAAUACCAGCCAAGAGUCCAGUUAUCUGGUUUGGUAAAUGCAGUUUUAUAAUCUGAGGGUCUUAGUGCCCUCCACACCUAUCCACCUCUCCCCUGAUCCCCCCACCCAAAAGAAAAAUAUCCCUCAGUGUUUCUCAGCUCAGUUUACUGAAUAAUUUCCAAUUGUAAUUCUUCACUUUGGAGUUUGUAGACUCAAUGUCAGACAUUCCUUUCUUCUGGAGGGCUCCAGAACUCUUUUUCUUUUGAUAGUCUCAAAUUUAGUGCUGGUAAUAAGGUAGGGUCCAGUGGUAAUGUUGGCCACGGAGUAGCUGAGCAGAGACCUUAGAAAAAAAUUCUAAUCUUUGCUUUUCCAUUCCCAAGCCUCCAGCUCCUACUCUAGUGCCUCUUCCCUGCAGGGCAGGGACCCCGUGUGAAAGCCAGGAGGUGUGGCGGCCUGGGCCAUGGGUUCCCAGGGCCACAGGGCUCGGGGUUGUGCUGCACUUGAAUUUGGAUGUGAAUCUGAUUAAAACAAAACAAAACAAAACAAAAAAA